AGCUAGCUAGGGUUUUUGGAGGCGAGCACGAUGCAUUGUCCGUUUGACGCGCGGAUUCUCCUCAUUUUCGGCGCGAUCGCAUUCCUCGUGCUCCAGAUGCGUUUGUUUGCUACACAGUCGGAUUAUGCCGAUCGCAUUGCCGCAGCUGUUGAAUCGGAGAAUCGAUGUAUCAGUCAGCUAAAGGCUCUGAUUGAUCAAAUAAGCUCACAGCAAGGAAGGAUUGUCUCUUUGGAAGAACAAAAUAAGCGCCUUGAUACGAAGGUUCUACAGCUCUCUACCAGAAUUGUCGACUUUGAAAAUCAGGAGACGUCGUCCCAUCUUACAAGCGCGCAGCCUGUGGCAGCUGUGGUCGUGAUGGCAUGCAAUCGCGCAGACUAUUUGGAUCGAACAGUUCAAUCUAUUCUAAAAUACCACAACUCUGUGUCAGCCAAGUUCCCUCUUUUCAUCUCACAGGAUGGAACAGACCAGCAAGUUCGGCUGAAAGCUCGAAGUUUUCCGCAAUUUACUUAUAUGCAGCAUUUGGACGAUGAGCCAAUACACACACAGAGUCCGGGAGAGAUAAUUGCCUACUAUAAGAUUGCGAGACAUUACAAGUGGGCACUGAGCCAGCUUUUUGAUAGACAUAGCUUCAGUCGAGUAAUUAUUCUGGAAGAUGACAUGGAGCUUGCGCCCGACUUCUUUGACUACUUCGAAGCAACGGCUUCAUUACUGGAUAAAGACAGCUCUCUCAUUGCAGUUUCGUCUUGGAAUGAUAAUGGACAGCGGCAAUUUGUACAAGAUCCAGAGGCUUUGUACCGAUCGGAUUUCUUUCCGGGUCUAGGAUGGAUGCUUAAAAAGUCUCUCUGGACCGAGCUUGCGCCCAAGUGGCCAAAGGCGUACUGGGAUGAUUGGCUAAGGCUCAAUGAAACUCGUAAAGGGCGACAAUUCAUUCGACCGGAAGUCUGUCGGACGUACAACUUCGGAGAGCAUGGAUCCAGUUUCGGACAGUUUUUCAGGCAGUACCUAGAAACGAUAAAGCUCAACGAUGUUCAGGUGAACUGGAAAGAAGAAGAUCUUACGUACCUCAUGGAAGAGAAUUAUAAGAAGCAUUUCGCUGAACUUGUCAGCAAGGCGGUGCCUGUUCCGGCGCUGGAAGCUGCAAAAGCUUAUAACAUAGACGGAGAUGUGCGAAUUGAGUACGAUAGUCAGAGAACGUUUGAGGCCAUUGCUCGUCAGUUUGGUAUAUUUCAGGAAUGGAAGGAUGGUGUGCCGAGAACUGCGUACAAAGGCGUAGUUGUUUUCAGGUGGCAGACUUCACGCUAUAUAUUCGUUAUCGGGCCUCAUUCUCUCAAGGACUUGGGCAUAAACUAGAGCUUAAGGUGGAUUCAAAUUUUGACUCCUUGUUUAUCAUAGCAGGCUACACUGUUGAAUUCGUGCCGACCAAAACAUGUGAGACGGCCAUCUCAGAUAAUCUUCGAGACGAGUAAAUUCUGAAGUUUCCUCGUGGCCAAUA